AGAGAGAGAGAGAGAGAGAGAGUAAACGACGUGUGCAGGGAAGAAAUCUCCCAGGAAUUUCUUCAAGGUUGUAGUCAGUCACAGUAAGGACUAAAGUGACAAGAAAAGCAAGGCAAAGAUAAAACUUGGUAUUGUGAUAAGAUGUCUGAGUGUAAAGCAGGAGAUUGCAGAAACCUUUUGGGAUUACACAUGUUCAUUUUGUCCUGGGUAUGACUGUGUACAAGCUAAUUCUUCUCUACUGACAGUUUAAAAAAACCUCAAGAUUAUGUUUCUCUUCCUUGUUGGUUUUUUGCCAGUGGUUUUUAAAAUUGGUUUUGUCAGCCUCUCAGCUCUGCAGCACUGGAACUGUCCUAAUGGAUACAGAUUAAAGACUGAAAAUUCUGCCUGUAUAGAUAUUGAUGAAUGCCUUGAAGGUGGUUUGGGAACCUGUGGCCAAACCUGUAUCAAUGUGCCAGGGUCCUAUAUCUGUUCCUGUUUGCCUGGCUACACCUUGGAUAUUGACAAACAGUCUUGCUAUGCGAAUGACCCUGUACCAUUCCUACUUUUUAGCCAUGGAAGUGCCAUCUUUAGAAUUGACACUGAAGGGACCAAUCAUGAAAGACUGGUGGCUGAUGCUGGUCCAUCAACACUUAUGGACUUUCAUUAUACAGAAGAGAAGGUGUAUUGGGUAGACUCAGAAAGGCGACUUCUGCAAAGAAUUCACCUAACUGGCGCAAAGAGAGAGAGACUGUGUUACAUAGACAAAGGCAUUUCAGGUUUUGCUAUUGACUGGAUAAAUCAAGACAUCCUCUGGGCCAACAGACAGAAAUCAACCAUAGAAGUGACAGACAUGAAUGGGAAGAAACGCAGAGUUAUUCUAAGAAAUGUUGGUCGUCCCACCAAGAUUACCAUUGACGCAGAGCAAAGGUUGUUAUUUUGGUCAUCUGAUGGCACAGUUUCCAGUAUAUACCGAGCAUCUCUCAAUGGAAGUGAUGUGAGAAAUAUUUUAAGAACCACAGAAGAGAUAAAGACCAUCUCACUAGACUUGGUUGACAUAAGGCUCUACUGGAUCCAGCAUGACCAUGGGAAGGAGAUUUCCCGUAUUGGAUCAUGUAACUAUGAUGGGGGAGCUGUUCAUUUGCUUCAGAGUUUUGACCAACAUCAGUUGCUUGGUAUGUCUCUCUUUGCUGACCACCUGUACUAUUCAGAGUUGAAAUCUGGUAUGAUAUGGAGAGCCAACAAGUAUACUGGAAAAGUUGUAGUCACAAUUAGCCUGAAACCAUCAUUUUUUCCACCAGUGGAGAUAAAAGUGGUUCAUCCAUUUCAACAGCCAGGUGCAAGAACAGAUCUUCAGGAUUUUGAAAGAGGAAUCUGUGAUAUGACAAAAGAAAAGUGCAGAAGAAGAACUUGCAGGCCAGACUGGAGGACUCAUCAGUGUAAAUGUUCUAGUGGCUUUAUUUUAAGUCGAAAUAAGCAGUAUUGUGAAGAUAUCAAUGAAUGUGGUUUCUGGAAUCAUGGCUGUACUUUGGGCUGUGUGAACAUCCCUGGUUCCUAUUACUGCACCUGCCCAAGAGGUUUUGUUCUGCUGCCUGAUAGGAAAACAUGUCACGAGCUAAUUUCCUGUGUAAGUAAUGACACUGAAUGUAGCCAUGGUUGCCUUCAGACAUCUACAGGGCCUGUUUGCUUUUGUCCCGAAGGAUCUAUACUCAAAGUGGAUGGCAAAACAUGCACAGGUUGCACAUCUCCAGAUAAUGGUGGCUGUAGUCAGAUAUGUUCUUCUUUAAGCCCAUCCUCCUGGGAGUGUGCUUGCUUUCCUGGAUAUAAGCUUCAGGGAGACAGAAAGCACUGCACUGCUACAGGCCCCAGGCCAUUCCUGCUGUUUGCAAACAGCCAAGAUAUCCGCCAGAUCAGUUUUGAUGGAACGGAUUACACAAGUUUACUUGACUGGCAGAUGGGAAUAGUCUUAGCUCUGGAUUCUGACCCAGUGGAAAACAAGAUUUACUUUGCCCACACUGCCUUGAAGUGGAUAGAACGAGCUAAUCUGGAUGGCUCAAAUCGUGAAAAAGUUAUUCAUGAAGCUGUAGAUAUACCCGAAGGCCUUGCUGUUGACUGGAUUAACCGUAAAUUGUAUUGGACAGACAGAGGGAAGGCAUGCAUUGAAAGGAGCAAUUUGAAUGGAAUGCAAAGAAAAAUGAUCAUCUGGGAGGAUAUCUCCCAGCCCCGAGGGAUUGCCAUUCACCCAUUUGUGAAGAGAUUAUUUUGGACUGAAAUGGGGGUCCGUCCACGGAUUGACAGCUCUUCAUUAGAAGGCAGCAAUCGUCGAGUUAUAGCCAGCACUGGGCUAGCAUGUCCCAGUGGAAUAACUCUUGACUACUUAGCCAACAAGUUGUUCUGGUGUGAUUCUAAGCUGUCGGUGGUUGAGAGCGCAAAUCUGGAUGGUUCUGAUCGUCGAAUUCUUGCACAGAAUGAUGUAGGCCGCCCCUUUGAUGUAGCAGUGUUUGAGGAUCACCUUUGGUUUUCUGACUGGGCUAGGCCAUCACUAAUGAGAGUGGACAAGAAGACCGGCCAAAACAGGGUACGUCUUCAAGGCAGCAUGCUGAGACCCUCAUCAAUGGUUGUAGUUCAUCCUUUGGCGAAACCAGGGACAAAUCCUUGCCUUUAUCAGAAUGGAGGCUGUGAUCAGAUCUGUGAAAACAAUUUUGGAGUUGCCCAUUGCAUGUGCCAUCCAGGAUUUGUGAAAACUCAAGAUGGAAAAACCUGCCGUGCACUGGAUGAUUCCAACACAACAGCAGGAAGUAUCUCUGUACACGAGGAGGCAGGGCCAGUGCCAACACCAGAGACCCUGCUCCAGAACACACAAGGCAAUGCAAUUUUCAAGGAUAUUAACAGUGGGGAAAAGAAGAAAAUCAACGUUUUGUUUUUGGCUGAAAUCAUGAUAUCAGAUCAAGAUGACUGUACUGCACUAGAAUGUGAUGUCAAUGCACAGUGUGUUUUGCUAGAAGACGGUGCUGUGUGCCAGUGUUUGAAAGGAUUUACCAGGAAGGACAAAUCAUGCUAUGAUAUUGAUGAGUGUGUUGCGAAUACGGACCGCUGCAAUCGAAACGUGUCAGUGUGUAUCAAUACAGAAGGGGGCUACGUCUGCAAAUGCCUGGUGGGCUACACAGGAGACGGGCUCCAUUGCUACGAUAUUGAUGAGUGCAAGAUGGGGUCCCACACCUGUGGAGAAAACAGAACGUGCACAAAUACAGAAGGAAACUUCACUUGCUCCUGUGCUAAUGGUGCUUCUGGAAUUACCAUGGGUUGUGAAUCUACUUUGUCCCCUACUGUUGUCAGCAAUGAAUACUCUACACACCCUGUGCAAGGUGAUUCCAUGGGAUGCCCUCCUUCCUAUGAUUCAUACUGCCUCCACGGCGGAGUGUGCAAUUAUGUUUCUGACCUACAGGACUAUGCCUGCAACUGUGUGACGGGCUAUGUAGGGGAGCGGUGCCAGUUCAGCGACCUGGAGUGGUGGGAGCAGCAGCAUGCCGAGAGGGUGAAGGUGCGGAACGUCACCAUUGCAGUGUGCGUAGCAGUGCUGGUCCUGCUGCUCCUGCUAGGGACCCUGGCCGCCUACUGCUCCAGAAGUCAAGACUUGUAUAAGAAGAAUCUCUAUGCAGAAGCGAUAAGAGAUGCCAGCAGCCACACUGACAAUGAGAAUGUGACACUUACUUGCAACAAGUCUCGGUUCGCGGUUGUCAAGGAGUGUAACAGUCCUCUGGAGACUAAAGCGGUUGAUCUAAUUGAGUGUGAGACAGCAGAUCCUCAUCCUGCCUGUCCUUCAGAAUAUGCAGAAGAACAGCCUAUAACAUAUGAAAAAGUGGCAGAGACUUUGGCAGAAGAGGAGAAAGAACAAGGCCACCAACAAGAGGUUCCUGGUGCUGAGAAAUCAUUUCAGCCCUCAGGAGCAGAGAAGGAUCCCCCCCAGGCUCCUUGGGGAGCCCACCCCAAGCCCCUGCAGGGGAAGGAGCCCUGCCUGCCUGCCCCAGCCAGCCUGCUGAUGCAGCCGGACUAGAAAAAGCUUGGGCUGAGCAGGAACAGGAGGAAGGAUGAAAUCAGUGGAGAAUGGGAACUUGUGAAACACUGAAGCAACCAACAUUUUUUUUCUUCAAGCUGUGCACUAGAAAAAGAAAAGAAAAACACCGAACAGAGUAGAGAAGAUCUUGCCACUCCUUGCCUGCCAUCUCUGCUUGGAAGAAUUGCUGUGAGCAAUGCAUUAACCACCACUACUCUACAAGUAUAACUUUAAGGGUCAACACUGCAAAUUUCAUUAACCGGCAGCUAAAAGGACACUGAGAGAAAACAGGCCAGUGGGUGGUUUGUUAGAGAUAAACAUUUUCUAAAGGAGCUUAUUGCAAGUGAUAGUCUUUACACAUAGAUGGAGUCUGAAAAACUGCCCAGAAAGUGGGUCAUAAGGGACAACUGCAGAGAAACCAGAAUGGAAGACGAUGCAGGAAAACAAGUUCAAAUGAAUCUUUUUGUUAAAAUACUGUUCAUGGGCACUAUAAACCUCUCCCCAGCACUGCUGUCAGGUUAGUGUAACAUCUGGGACUUCAAUGGGGGUGUUCUUGUAACUGAAGUUCUUCUGUAACCGAGCACCAGAUGUGGGCCUGUGUUUCUCGGAUUUGGUGGGUUGGAGGAUUGUUUGUAAGCUCAUGGUAUUAAUGAUGAUCCCACCUAUAGAGAUUUAGGUGAUUCUUCCAUUCAAUUUUCCAUUCUACACUGUUUCUUCGGAGGAUCACGUGAUUGUUGCUGGACAGGGACAGCAGGCCUCAGUCUGCUUUCAGUCCUGCAAGGGAGCGUGUGCUGGAGUUUUCUUUGCCUCACAGAAUUGUGGCUGGCAGCAAAAUCUGUUUCACUAUAUAGGACUUAGUGUGGCAGAAGAAGUCCAGCCAGUUCCUGUUCCAAAAGAACACAAGAAGUGGGACAAACAAACAAAAUGCCUCCUCAGUUUGGACUGACAUCCACAUCACUGAUUUGUGCUGCCUCAGAAUACAUGGGAUUGAUAGGAAAACAACUCCCAUUUUCUUGAAACUGACUUUCUAACAGCUACAGUUCCAGUUAUUUGUUAAGAAAAACUAACUUGCUUAUAAAGUUCUGUCAUAUACAGAGUUGUAGCUUAGUUCUUUAUCAUCUCAAGUGAUUUUCACCACUGGUCUUGAACUUCUGAGGCUGCUUUCAGAAUGUUUUGGAAUAUAUCUGGAAAUCAGCUAUGUUACUAAUAAUGUUUUCAUUGUAGGGGAUCUGCUCUGUGUGUGAAGUCUACUUCUAUAACUAUUUCACACUUUCUCUAAGCUCCACUACAGCACCCACUACUAGCGCUCCUCAUAAUUCAUUAGCUGGAUAAUAGUUGUUACUGUUAUUCAUUUGUGUGUUUAACGUCCUGCUGUUUGUUUUUGGAGUUCCACCAGAAAGGUGUGAUGUGUUGUAGGUUGGUUACCAGCUCUGUAUGAAAAGAGUAUUAAAAGGCUCUUGCCUCUUGUCCAAAAUAGUUGCAUGCUUGAGUAAUUUUGUGGAGUUAAAUCUUGUAAUCAUAGAAUGAUAGAAUGGUUUGGGUAGGAAGGGACCUUAAAGGCCACCUACUUCCAACCCCUCCGCCAUGGGCAGAGACACCUUCCACUAGACCAUGUUGCUCAGAGACCCAUCCAGCCUGGCCUUGAACACUUCCAGGGAUGAUUUCGGAUUUAUGCUGGUUAAAGCAAUAAAAACACUGAGCCUGAGGUGUCUGAAUUAGAGAAAUUGUAAGGCCUUGAUUUGUAGAUAGGAUAACAAUUACGGAUAGUUGUUUAUCCUUCUAAAAUGAUCUUUUUGUGGGUAGUUUUGAAUUAGUAAGUCUGUUCUGAAUUCAGAUUGAACUUCUAACACAGGCAUUUCCAAAGAGUGGUUGGAGUUAGCAGUAAGGAAGACGCAUGCCCUUAUGUGAAUGGAGAAUGUCCAUGAAAAGUGAAGUGAUUGAGGAGAGUUAGCCUACUAGAUUGUGCUCAGAAGAGAGUAACCACUGGGCUGGACCAUUAGUAUUUAGUAGACUGGAUUUUGAGUUAAGCAUAGUUUCAUUUCGUUAAUAUUGUUAAAAGCAUCUAGGUUGGGUUCCCUGGUCUUCCACAGUCCAUCAGGGAUCUUCUGCAUGUUGGUGGGAGGAGAGUCCAGCUAUAAAGGCCCAGAUUCAGUAAAUCAGUUUCUUUUCAUGAGAGCUAGACAGUAAAAUUAUUUUUAUCCCUGCACUUUGAUUAUCUCUGGAGAAAUAUGUUUCUGUGCUUAAAAUCAAAGUGCCGUGUUGAAUGACAGUCAACAUUUAGUUGGUUGUUUCCCUGAUCAAAUAAAAUAAAGAUUUGUAGCUUUGACUCUUGUCUAAACAAAGAUGUUUCAGACUCCUUACAAAUUAGUUUUAUAUUCUGCCCCUUUUUUUGUUUACUUUGCUUUCUUUCACUCUAAGGAUCAAAUUUUAAAUUUGAUAGUGUUCUUUAGAGAAUGAGAUAUGAAAAUCAAAAUGACAUGUUUUAAUAAUUAGGGUAUUAUGAGUUUAAAAUGUUUCCUAUUUAGUGUUUCAGCACUAAACUCAAAAUAAUCCUUAAUGUUAAAACCUUGAGAUGAUAUUUCAACAUAAAUAUAUAUGGUUUAUUUGUAUGUUUAUAAAACUGUUGAAUUAUAAAAAUAGUAAUAAAGAAA